AUGCAAACUCUCCCUAAGUUGAGUUUUGUGUUGAGACACACAUCAUCAGAUGCAGAAGAAGUAGCACAUUUUUGUGGAGGACCAUCGAAUUCUGCAGCGGGAAGUGCGACAGAAGUGUCGUGUAAGUCGAAUGAAAGUGGUGAAGAUCCAACCUUAUUGUCUUUAUGUUUUGUUAAAGCGCUCCAACAAACCGGCAGUUCCAGUGGAUUAAGUGCGACGAUUUCAGCAUCUACAGUACCAGAUUCAUCGAAUUCUGCAGCUGGAAGUGCGACAGAAGUGUCGUGUAAGUCGAAUGGAAGUGGUGAAGAUCCAACCUUAAUGUCUUUUUGUUUUGUUAAAGCGCUUCAACAAACUAGCAGUUCCAAUGGAUUAAGUUCAACGAUUUCAGCAUCUACAGUAUCAGGUAUGUAUGUGCCACAAAAUACUAGAAAGACUGGAAGUUAUUUAUAACUUUUUACCUUAUUUUCUGACCCGUCAGUCAGAUGAGGUAUAACAUUAAUUACAUGCGAUACUAAAGUUUCCGAUCGAAAUGACUUGCAUAUCUCUCGGCGCAAUGGAUGAAAAAAGUGAGGGUCGCAAUACAUUAUUUAUCUUUUAAAUGGAAAAAAGGUGGGAAUGCGAAUUUUCUCUCCUGUUCUGGAAAUCAAGAUACGCUUUUCGUCAUAAUUUUUUAAACUUUCUUUAGCGGAAUUUUCAUCGGAAUUUUAUCUGGUAUAUACAGUAAUUAAUGACAAAAGAAAACGGGAAAUGCGUGGAAAACGUGG